CGAUAGUGAAAAUACAGUUUGCUGAAGUGUUUAGAGACAAGCAGAAAGCCUUUUGUUCGCCGAGGCGAAGCAUAUUCCAAACAAUGGUAGGGUUCGGAAGGUCUUUGAAGCGGUCACGCCGUCAAGGCUGGGAGGCGGCAUACUUAGAUUACAAUAAACUGAAAAGAAUCCUAUAUCAACUCGAGAGAUCUAUGUUGAAUCAAAGCAAUGUCAUAGAAAAUCGCAUAAGCCAAAAUGACGAUGCGAUAUUGGGAGACGUAGCUGGUCGGAGGUGCCAUCAAAUCAACGAAGAAUUCUAUCUGGAGCUCGGACAGGAAAUAGAGAAGAUAUCGCUUUUUACUCUGAAGAUACAAGGUUUGCUCUCAGAAGCUAUUGGCUAUUAUCGCUUUCGAGAUGACGACACAAUCAAGGUGGCCAAACUUUUUCCUGAUAAUUUUUCCAUCUCUCGAGAGCACUACAAUGGUAUACCGGGCGAUGAUCUCGAAAUGUGUCUUAUUUUGGGCGUGGAACUUUUAUUUUUGAUGCAAUUUGUCGGUGUAAACAUUCUCGGGGUCCGAAAGGUCAUGAAAAAGUACAACAAGAUUAUUCGACGUGCAAACAAACCAGAAUACAUAUUCAUCGUGGGUGGUAAGGAUGACUUUCAUCUCGAACUUAUCGCAAACUCCCAAUCCCUUUCCGCUAUUCAUUCCUCUCUACAAUCGUUAUUGGUUGACUUCCAUUGCAAAUAUAAGCUACUUACCAAGGAUACUACAAGGGAACUUAAUUUUUUUCGCUUCCAAUCAAUUGUUCAAGCGGGUUAUGUCAUUCAAAAGAAUUCAGAAAUCGUCAAUCAACCCUUCAAGGAAUUUUUAAGUCGGAAGGCGAUGAUCAAUGUCGGAUCGAGUCUAGGAGGCAUCGAGGGCAAUGAAAUGCAUGCUGUGAAUGUUGUGUUGAGUUUCCGCCCCAUCGGAAUGCUGACUUCCGACUUCGAUGAACUUGAUGGGAUGUGGAUCAGAUGGUUCCCCCAGUACCAUCACUGGAAGGAUAGAGCGUCGAAGCAGAUGGAUACCAAAUUGCAUCUUACAGAUAUCACACACUAUAUCAUGGGAGUUCUUGCACUAGAAGAGGUCGAUCGACAUACACGGACACGGAACAAAUUGUACCUUCGCGGACCCAAAUUGAAUGGGUUGGAUUUUAAAGAAAAGUCAUGGGGUGGAGUGGAUAUGCCGAGUAUGAUUUUAAAUCUCGCAUCAAUUCUAUUGUACACGAUCAAUUACUACAUCAUAGCGCCGACUGCAAAUCACUACGCAGUAGUCCUCGGCGCGGACGGUGCUUAUGGUGCGACUCUGAUAGGAACAUCCUCUUUUUCUGCAAUAAUUGCUGCUUUACUAUAUUCAUUUUGGUUCACAAAUUGUUCCUUCAAGUCUGCCUUAAUUUUCUCUUCGAUUUGUCCCAUAUUUGGAAACCUGAUCUACGCUUUGGCUAUUUCUUACGAUAGUAUGGGACUGGCUUUAACCGGCCGCUUUCUUUGUGGAUUCGGAUCUGCAGAAGUGGUCAACCGCCAACUCAUAUCGACUUGUGUCUCCUUCAAACAAAUAACACGCGCUAGCGCCUUCUUCGUUGCAGCUGGGGCCAUGGGAAUGUCUGUCGGCCCCCUUAUUGCCGCCAUUCUCGACGAUACAACGGGACGAGACUACUUGGUUGAUUUUCAUCUCCCAUUUACACCUGCUGGAGGUAUUAUUUUCAAUUCUGUCACCAGUCCUGGUUUCUUGAUGGCGAUUUUGUGGUUGGCUGAGUUGCUCUGCUUGAUAUUUUACUUCUGUGAACCAGAGCGAGUCAAUGCAGUAGAAGAUGAAUUCGAAGAGGUAGAAAUUCGUAUGGAGUCACUGCCCCUGAUGGGAAAAGAUUAUGGAUCGAUUGGAGACGAACGGAUAUCCAAUACUUCAAUAGGAAGCUCGAAUUUAGACUUGAACAACAACAGCAACAGAUCAUCAAGCCCUGAACCGUUGAAGAUCGCAGAAGGUUUUUGGGGUGGAAUCAUAUCUGCUUGUUCACUUAUAUGUGUCAACCAAGGGCUCCCUGUUACUCUCGUAUUGUUCUGUUACAUAGAGCUUGUAGACGAAGUCUUGAUUUCGUCUUGCUCGAUGAUUGUCCGUCGUUACUUUGGUUGGAAUGCCUCAGCUGCUGGAUACUUAGUUGCAUGGUAAGUGUACACAAUCCACUUUUUCCUUUCUUGGAAAUCAGCGAUUGCUUUCACCGAAAAGUUCACGUGCCAUUUUCCAUUUCGUUCUAAAUUCUUUCAGUUUGGGAGGACUUGUACUCCCAGGUAAGUUUAGAUGUCUCCAUAUCCUUGUUUUUCGUACUGUGUUAUGAUGAUGAAGCGAUAUGACCAUUUGACAUCACUCUGAGAGAGAUACUAAUGGCUGUGGUCCGUGACUUCAUUUUAUCGAUUCCGUAGCAAAUUUUGUAGUUGAGAUCUUUUCCCGCCGUCUUUCCGAGCGAUUCAUCAUGAAGGUAAGACUGCUGCAUGAUGAGGGGAAAUCUGCACUUUUCAAACCUACUCUCGGAUCAACUGAACUGUUUCUACAUGCAUUUUCAAACCAACGCAGGUGUCAAUUUGGUUCAUUAUCGUUUGCGGUCUUGGAAUGUUCAAUUACCAAGGUCUCUACUACGACAUGAUUGGUAUUUCUAAGUAUGGGGAGUUUGAUCCAAUUGAUGAAGCUGAGCUGAAAGAGUUGCAACUCUCGGGUAUGACCGUAGGUCAACUAUUCGCGGAUGCGAAAGAAUUUCCGUACGAUUGGAAUUACGGUGUGAUGAUUUACAUUACUUUUUUGAGCUUCACGUUUGCCGGGACUAUUGUUCUUGAGGGUGAGUUUCUUCGCAUGCCCAGUGGAUCCGUUUUGGAUUGGUGAUCUCUAUGAAGUGCUGCAUGCCUCACAUGUUUUAUGUUCUGCAUCCCUAUAGGUGUAACGACUUCAAUAAUGGCUCAAGCUACGCCACCUAAGCUUAACACUUGCUUUGUCAACUCAGGGCUGUUAGCAACGCUGAUUGGUACGCUCGGCCGAGUUCUUUCGGAUUCUAUGAUAACAAUGGCUGCACUUCUCGACAUUCAUGUUUUUAUCGAUUUUGUCAAUGCGACGUUUUUCCCUCUGAUUAUAUUGACUGCUGGAUGCCUGAUCCUCGUUUACAAAUAUUAUGACAAGCUUGUCUAAUGGCUGUUCUACUGAGCACGAAAUAUACAGCUUGAUGAUAU